CCGAAGGCCUUAAAUAAAAUCUCAAGUCACCCCCGAGAGUCCCACUAUAAAUCUACGGCCCGUCUCCUGCAACCGUACCCCAACUUGGCUCCGGUCCUUAUCCGUGGGAUUUUCUGGGCUCAGCAUCUUCUGCACAUGCGCAGAGCUACUUUUCCAACCCCCCCUUUUUCGCGCCCAACGUGUAACUAAUGAGAGAGGAAAGAUACAGAUUCCCCCAUUGGCAAGGGGGAGGGGCUUAAAAAGUUUGCCGCACGUGGUGGAAAAAAAGUUUAUUUCUCGAUUCUUUCUUUUAGCGUAUUCAUUUAUUUAUUUAUUUUUUCCCCUCGACUUUACAAGCGGACGUGAAACUUUCUGGGUGAUAGUAACAUGUAAGGAAGGUAGAGACAUAUAAUAAAGCAGAGAAGUUGAAGUGUCGUUUUGAUUAGUUAUUAAUUAUAAAGAGAAAGAAUUUUGUUUUCACAAUUUUCACGUAAUUCGGAAAUACGUUAUAAACAUACGUCAAUAUUAAAUUCUCCACUGUGAUUAUUGGAUCCAGUUAUCAAAGUUAAUGAAAAGAAAAUCACAUCGAAUGUUUUGUUUUGCCAAUUUAUGGAUACAGCAGAGUUUUAAACAGUUUUUUCUCCUUCGAAGGAAAUAAUAAAUUGGAAGCUUCUAAAAUCACAGUCGUACAGGAAGCGUUAAGUUUCAGAUCGAGAUCUGGACUCAAAUCAUGAUGGUACCCGAGAUGAGGAGUUGUCGUUACCAAAAAUCUCCACCGUCUACAUCGACUCCACCUUAUGUGACCAGCACAACUCCGCAAGGACCUUUCGGACUAUCCUUUGGUCCACCAGACUAUUACAGGACACCUCCAGAUUUUCUCCACCCAUACAGUUCGAGAUAUUAUGGUACCAACGAAUCAGCAGAAGCGUCAUAUCAUUUGAAACAUUCAUUAUCCCAACAUUAUGGAAUGAAUAACAUUCCUCAAGCAGAUAGCAUGAAUGGAAAUUAUGACUGCUAUGAAAAGAAGAUAAUAGAAACAACACAGAGGUGCCAGUCGGCAGAAAUAUCAACGUCAACGGAAGAAAACAGGAACUGUAUGGAAGCUCACGAUGCAAGACUGCGUCCAGUCCUUGAAGAGAGUAACAGCAACCUAGCCAGCUCUUUUGCUUCCAGUUCGUCAGCUUCCACUUCACCUACAGUAGCUCCUCCUUAUCCCCAUAUGGGAAGAGAUUGCCUACGUCACGGUGAUUUUGCUUCGUCUCACUGCCACUUUUUCCCCCAGCAACAGCCCAUGCAGUCUCAAUCCACGCGUCCAGCUUCCAGCAGUGAAGACGAUGGACCAAAUGAAGAGGAGGAGGAAGAGGACGAGCAACACGUGCUGGCGCCGCCCUCCAUUCACAGGGGGCCAGCGCCCCUGGAGAUACACGGGGCGACCGAUGGUAGCAAUGGGGGACGACGCUGUCUUCUUUGGGCGUGUAAAGCAUGCAAGCGAAAGACGGUGACGGUCGACCGGCGAAAAGCCGCAACGAUGCGUGAAAGGAGACGGCUGAGAAAGGUUAACGAGGCAUUUGAAACCCUGAAACGAAGAACAAGUCCAAAUCCGAAUCAGCGGCUUCCGAAGGUUGAGAUUCUCAGAAAUGCCAUCGACUACAUUGAAAAUCUGGAGGAACUUCUUCAAGGUGCUCAUGGGCUGAGGACGCGACAGCUAAUUGGCGAAAGGCGAAACAUCAUGAGGGACAUGAGCACCUUUGACUUCAGGAACAUGCAUAGCUCUCAGUUUACAGAUGAUCGAUAUCGGCAUUAUAAUGGAGAAAUACAGAAUUACAGUCCUCUAAAUGCGCCAGAGCCUCAAGGAUCUUCUUCCGUCUCCAGUCUAGAUUGCUUGUCUCUCAUAGUUGAAAGCAUCAGUCCGAAUACAAAUAGUCUGAUUACUACAGUUUCUAUGGCAACAGAUUCACGGCCACUCUAAGACUGACAACGAAGCGGCAGAUAUUAAAAGAUUAUCUUAAAGCAUUUCAAAUGCAGCUCAAUUUCACAUCAAAGUGUUGACUGUUCUGUGAUUAAUGUUUAUAUCUUUUAAACAGAAGAAAUUUUCAAGAAUCAUGGUCUAUUUUUUAUCUUCGCCUUUCCAAAACGAACAAAGACUUUUGAUGCGAAAAGGAAAACAAAACGAACUUGAAGCAUUUUCUUUUUUUUUUUUUUUUUUUUUUUUUUUUUUUCCCUUUUACUUUUUUAUCUGAAUCAUGAAAUUCAGUAAGAGCUGUAAGAGCUGAGUUAUUAAAUACAGUGAGAGAUUUUUCUAAGUAGUUAGUUUCUAGAAUUUCUACGACUGAAUUUUAGCAUAUGAGGAAUGAUGCAUAUGAGCAUAUGAGGAGUAAUGCUUAUGUAUCGGUGAUGCCUAAAAAACUGCAAAUAACACGGCGAAAUGGAUGUAAUAUUUUAAUUUAUGAGUAUUUUGAAUAUUUUAUGAGCUUUACGUUUACAAAACACUUUAAAUAAGGAGAUAAAAAUUGCGGUAGCGUUUGAUCAGAUCUCGGAAAAGGUGAUACUAUAAAUAUCUGCUACAUUGGGGGAGGGAAUAAAUCGCUUCACUGUAUCACAAAAAUGCCACAUUUUUCCCGACAUUAAUUAAUUAGAACAUUUUUAUUAACAUUUAUGCAUUUCUUUAAAUGGCUUUCCAUCUCAUUUUAUUCUCAGUUUCAUAAAAUAAAUUCAAUUCUCGUUUAGUAAUUCUUUGCAAAAUUAUUUAUGUAGUAUGAUUAUCUUUUAUUCAUGAUAACUAUUUCAAUUAUUGUAUCAUACAUAAUAUUUUUAUAUCUUUAUGCAAUAUAUUAAUACUCUAUUAUAAUUACGCUUUGAGAUGCAUAGAUAAUUAAUUGAAUGAUAAUAAGUCUAUUCUGAUCUUAUUAAACAUUUAAAUACUAUACAGGUCCGUAAUUACCAUGAGGUAGUGUUCCGAGCUCUGAGCUUAACGUAUAUGGGGGGAGGCAUUGAGGAUGGGAAAAUAUAUCGACUUUUUCAUAUUCAAGAUUCUAGUUAAAAUAAUUGGAGCAGAUUUAUUGACAAUACUUCAGUUCAGCUUAUGAUAAAUGGAGACACCUGGUCUUGAGAUACCAAUGGUUAGCAAGUAUUGUUCCACAUGCAUCAUUAACUAGAUUUAUUUUAAUUUUAAAUAAUAAUUAAUUACAUUUUAUAUUACAAUACAUAAUGUACUAGUAUAAAUUUUGAAACAUAUUUAUAUGAAACUGCUAUAAAAAUUGAUAAAGUGCAUUUUUGCAUUAAAACUAUAGAGUUCAUAAAGUCCACGAUUCAUAGAGUCCAUAAAGUUUGAUCAAACAUUCAUAAAAUCGAUCAUACAAACAAUCAUAAUGUCUUAAUUAAACCUUCACACACCUUAUGCUCAUAACGUUACUGCAUGUGAGCUUAUAUACAAAAUAAUGAAAUUUUAAAGAAGUAAAUAUGCUGUCAUUGCUAUCAUUAAGCAAGAUGGCGAAUAUUUUUUCCCAACAGAGCAAGAAGAUUCAUAAUUUUACAAAUUGUAAGAUGUCUUUUCUUAAUAAGGAAUCUUUUGAAAGGCAUGACAUUAGCCGAAGGAAAUUUAAUAUGCCAUUGUUUCUUUUAGGGACACUCCAUUAUAUAAUGAUCUGGAGACUGUUAAUAAUGAAUCAUAGUUUACUUUCAUCGCGUUUACGUACCUGAUGUAUGCACAUCAUGCAUCAUGCCCUUAGCUGUUCUCGUGACUGUAGCUAAGUCUUAACGCUUAUUCUCACAAUUGAAAUUAAUCAAAAAAUUCUUUCCGAAGCAGUAUGGGAAAGAAAAGGUUCUUCAGUUUAGAUUGUCUCUCAGUUAAAUGUAAUCUAGCCUUGUUAAAAUAAUUAAUGAAUUUCCUUCCUUAGCAAUUAGAAAACAGAAAUUUAAGUAAUCCAAAUGUAAAAAUAAAGUAUACUGAAUAAUUGCUAGUAAACAUUUUACCUUAAUUAUAUUGCAUAUGUUUCAGAUUACGCUCUGUAUAAUGUCAAACAGCUUCGGAUGUCAUUCACUUAACAGAACUAGUAUGACUAAACAGGAAUCAAAGCAUACCAAAGAGACAUAGCAGUACAUGACAGGAAUAAAAAAAUAACAUAUAACAGCACACACAUCAACGAGACAUUUAUCGAAAAUUGUUUCAUACAGUUAAAGUGUAUACAGCUAUUUGAAUUAGUAAGAAAAUGUUCAACGACAAUUACAAAGAAAGGGUUAAUGUUGGGGAAAAGAAUUAAGUUUGGCGUCUAUUAUCAUUUGUUGCCCAAUAAACUCUCCCCGAGUCAUCCAUGCUUUUAGUUAUGGCCCCGGUAAUAUAUGUUUGUAGAUAUAUGUACAUCUUGAGAGCACAUUCUCCUUAUUAAAUUUAAAAUCUCAUAGGCUUUAUUAUUAAUUUAUCCCCAACAAAGAAAUUAAGGGCUAUAAUUGAAAAGCCUACGUCCCAAAGCUUCAAGAGGAAUACCAAAUAUAAUUUCUAUUUAAAGCUUCUGUUGCAUUUCGCAGGAUGAAGACACAAAAUAGAAGUCCAUCAUUUAAUUUUAACACAAUCGGAUCUUAGUUAAACGGGACGUGGGUGAAAUUUAAAGGAGUAGAAGCAGCGGAUGGCAGAAGGAGAAGCUAAUUUUUUGUUAAACUCGAAACUUCACAAAUUUGUACGUUCUCACUACCAAAAUCACUUAUAUAAAAUCAUAAAUCUCCGGGCUAGUUUGCGGUGUUAAUUUGGCUAAUAGAUGAACUUUUAAGAUUAAAUAUCAAAAUUCGAAGUGAUUACACAUUCAGGGAACCUGAAUAACGUGCAAAUGGGCGGUUAAACAGAUAAUUAUUUUAUAUUUAUCAGUACCUAACAUGACCUCUGAUUAGUUGAUCGCUCGCAGCAAAAUGCCUAACUUUAGUAGUCUGCUUUGACAUUGUUUAGUUUUUUGACAGAGAGUUGUUAUUUCGAAGCAUUCAGUGUGUUUUCUGGCUGUACUGAAGAAACUCUGUGUCGCUCAUUACACGUGUUUUAUCUGAACUGAAAAUUUUUUCUUCGUGUACUCAGAAAGUGCCUAUUUAAUUGAUCACUACUCCUAGGUAUCGAUUAUCUGACGGAUAUUAUGCCGACGUAAAGGCCCAGGGGCACCUCACAUGAAUGAGUCUUAACUGUAGUUCCCAUAGACCCAGAUUCCGAAAUUUAAUAUAAAUUUAAUGUUGUUAUUUAAUGAAUACAUAUUAUCAAUCCUUAGAAAAUACAUUCUAUAUUUAGCACCUUUUAUGAAUGAGUCUUGACCGGAGUUUCCCAAUCGGAAGAACGAAGUAGAAGGGAAGCAAACAAAAGACCCGGAUUUCGAAAGAUCGAACACAUAAGCGGUAAAUAAGACUACAGUAAGCUGGAAUGUAACUAAAAGAAGUAAAGUGAAACGUGAAAUCCCAGUGUGAUACUUUACUUUACUUGUAACUUUACUUAUAAACACUUUACUUGUUUGGAAAGUUUCUUAAGUGUGAGAUCAUACUCGGGUAGCUUAAAGAAGAAUCUGCUCAAAAUAAGUUUCGAAUAACAAAUGAAGAGGAAAAUUGAUGAAAUACUAAAACAAAAAUGAAAAUGAAAUUGAAUGCACUGAAUAAAAAUAAAGUAAUUAUGAGAAUGUAAUUUAUAAAAUUAAAAUAGUCCUUAGAAGGAAAAGCUGCGUACAUCAGAGGAAGAGGAAAAUUAUAGGAAUAUUUAAAAAAAUUUUACAACUUAUCGUUAAAAAGUUAGAAAGAAAAGUAAGCUAGAAAAAUACGAUAUACAAACGACAAAUUGUUAGAUAGUGAAACUGUCUUAGCAAGGAAAAACAACACCGAAACCAAUGUCAGGUGCAGUGUAGCUAAAAUUGAAGAAAUCAAAAUUCUAGAAAUGGUCUUUUUCAUUUAGAAAAUUUAAUAUCAUUAUUUAAUGAAUACAUGUUCUCAAUCCUUAGAAAACACAUUCUAUAUUUAAUUUACCGUUCUUCUUAUAGUCUUUCACGUCUAGAAGUCUGAAUAUUAUUAUUUAGUAAAUUCGUAUUCUCAGUUCUACAAGUAACUAAAUUUUUCAAAUGUACCGCACAUCCAACAUAUUCAGAACAAACUUUUGCUCGAUGCAAAUUCUAACAGUCACAGUUACGGCGUGUUUGUUAGUGCUGAGCAGUUUAUGAGGGAAAAAAGUUUUAAAUGAAAAAGCCUGAAAUAGCUAAAAUUAAAAAAAAAGAAACACUAAUUUCCUUCAAAUUAUUUAACGGUAAAUAAAUUAGAUCUAAUAAAAACCGAAAAUGUUUCUUAAAAUUUCAUAUUCCAUUACUGCACCUGCUUAGAAAUGACUCUUGCCUUAAUGAAUGUGUUUAAAUUUAAGCGCUUUAAUUGUGAGAAUUUAAUGUACACAUUUGAAUUGUGGCUUUGAAAAAUCCUUCACUAGAAGAAAAAACUGAGAAAUAAAUUUCUGGCGACGAAGUAAGAGCGGCUACAUUAUUUUUUAAUGUAGUUCAUAUUCCCCUUUCAAUGUAGUUCCAUAUCCACUCGUACUUCACCUUAGCGGAAUCAUUUGGCGAAGACGAUAUGAACUGGUAUGACGUUUCGUGACGUCAGAUUGAACGAAUACGUCAUUGAAAAAGACGCAAAUUAAUUAUGACGUCAUAUUUGACAUUAAUUUAGUAUGCUGUUAGUAAAUAAGUAAUACGAUUUUGUAAAAGAUUUCUUUGGGAAUUAGCCACAUAAAAUACUUUUUAUUUUGGAUCCGGUUGAAGUCUUAAAUGUAAUAAAUUAACGUAAUAUAACUCCAUGGUUGAUUGCUAUUUACUUAAAUAUAUAUAUAUGUUAAUAAAUGAAGGAUUAUCUUAGAAAUUUUAGCAACUGUGGUAUUUUUAUUGGAGGUUCUAAAUUUUACUGUAUUUAGAUUUAAUUCCUCAAUAAAGUUAUUAGAAUUCAUACAAAGUAGUUUAAGCAAACAAAAUUUCAUUUUAUUAAAAUACCUCAGAAAAUUUUUGAUUACAUUCCUUAUUUUUUAAAUAUUUAUCCUAGACCUUGUACUUCCAGUUGCAAAAUUAUUUCAAAAGAUAUAUAAAAAAGAAGUGGGCAGAAUUUGACUGUAGGUAGGGAAUUUGCGAAAAUUAUAGGUAUAGUUUUAAUCUAAGAGUCUGUGAAUAUAAAAUCUAAUUUCUUACAUCUUCUCUAGAGAACAAAAUUUCAAUUAGUGAAGCAUUUAUAAUUCUUUGCUAAAACCAUUGCCAAGUUAUAUUUUGACUUGCGAAGUUCCCAGUAUUUUCUUGGAACCAGUUAGAAAUGUUAGAAUUAGUGAUAGUUUUUCCAAUUCGGAACCAAUAAUCGUUAAAAGGAGACUUUGUUUUCGAUUUCUUUCCAAAACUGUAAAAAAGAAAUUUAAAUUUUUAAUUUUUAAACUUUAAUUUUUGAAAUAAACAUUGUUGAAAAUUGUUUCAUUUUUGAAAAUGAACAAAAAGCGAAGAACAAAGGACUCCUUCAAUUUUUAACGCAGAUUGUAAAAGGUCUACCUUUUUCUUUAUGAUCCAAUAUUCAGAUUCAUUUUACUUUUCAAAGAAGCCUUUAAUAACAGGGAAAAUGUCACUUCACAUUUAUGUCAUUCUUGUUGAUUAAUAUAUUUUUAUGAUUAUUUUAUUUGAUUUUUUCCAAUCUCAGCUAUAAUUUACCUCAAAAUUCCAUAUUAAGGUUAUUUUAACUUUCAGAUGUGCCUUUUUUUUUUUUUCCUGAAAGAUUUAGUUGCAAAAUAUGAAAUUGUGUUUAUGAAGAUAAAAUCUCUUUUACAGUAAUUCAUUUUCUUAAAAUCGCUUUCAAAAUUGGCAUUUCUAAUGUAAAUUUUAUUUUAUGAUUGUAAACUAGAUUAUAUAUAUUAUAAGUGUUAGAGAUGAUGUUUUUAGUUUAACAUAUUUACUGGAUAAUUAAUGUCAGUGCCAUUAAAAAAUGUCUCAAUGUUAUCUCAAAAUGGUGCCAUAUUUCUAAAUGGUGCUAAUGUCCAUCAGAAAUAUGAAAAUAUUAUGUGAAGAUGAAUUAAAAUGUUAUCGGUGAGAAAAUGAAUGUAAAUAUUGUACAAAGUAGUUUAAAACAAUUGCUAUUUAAACUCUUUAAUUAAAAUAUUGUGCCUUAAAAUGUGGAGGAUUUUAUAAAAAUAAUAUUUUUCUUUCAGGAAACUAAAUUAUCGGAAGCAGAAUUUUAUUCAUAUAGUUUCUUUGUUUUUGUAUAAUUUUGCUGUUAGAAAGCAUAAUAAUAUUUUUAUAACACUGAAUAAAAACUGCAGUUAAAUUAAAAAUUUUUGUGUCGUGAAAAAAAUUCUUACUGUUGUACUGCAAAUAAAUGAGUGCCUUUAUAUAUGUACAUAUUUUUAAGUUUAAAAUAAAACGUUUGUGUGUACUGUA